AUGUGACUAACCUGCCCACUGCGCAGAUAGCAUCGCUCGGACAGAAGCUGUGUCCUGGUUCAGAUCUCAUUUAAAAGCAGAAGUGUAGAGAACCGACUGCUGAGCAAUAAGGUUUUAAGAUGGCAAUAACCCUUACAUGAUCUAACAAUAACUAGUUUAAUGAAAAGGCAAUGAUAGAUUAGAACAGUACCAACCGCAUUCAUGUCUCAUCCUGUGUCCUUGUAUAUCUACUGAUUUCUCAGAGCAUAAUUUACUGAGCAAAUAACUUCAUCACUUCACAGGUCUGUUUGAUUGGACCCCUCAUGUCAAGGAGCUGUAUAGCGUCCCCAGUGGCCCAUCUUUAUAAUUACAUGUGGUGUGUGUGAGAGCAGCAGCAGCAGCAGCAGACGCUCACUCUGCUGUUGACCAGCAGGAGAGAGACACCUCCUGCAGCUCCUGCACUUCAUGAUGGACGGUCGACACGCAGCUGAACACUUCCCUGGAUCCUGCUGAGAUCAUCCUUGUCACCUUCUUCUUCUUCUCUCAGAGGGGAUGAGUCCAGUGAUCAGUGGCUCGUCUGAUCUUCACAGAGCUCUUCAUGAGACAUGGUACUGACUGAUAAAACCUCCAGACCCCUUGCUGCCAAGAGGGUCCCCAAGCAGCGCACCCUGCCCCACCAGAGCCUGCCCUCCCCGGCUCUGUGCUGCGCCUGCGGCCUGUGCAUCAUGCUGGCCGGCAUCAACAUCACCCUGGUGGGGGCGUUCGCCUUUGGCACCUUCAUCCCCACCGGCAACCCCCCCAUCGUCAUCGGGCCCCUGCUCCUACUGGUAGCCCUGGGUUUCUUCGCGGCCUGCUGUGUGGUCAGCAGGAGGCCCCCGACCCACGUGGCCCGCAAGGCCCCCGGGGGCGAGAAGUGGGGGCUGAUGCAGAUGGGGACGGCGGCGUUUGAGAUGGAGACGAGCGAGCACACGCUGCAGGACACCACGGCCGUGCAGCUCAGCCCCACCAACUCCCCCAGCUCCUCGCACAGGUCCGGCUCCAGCUCCAGCCAGGGGGGCCACGCCGCCGCCUCGCCACCUGUCUGUCAGGAUGGAGCCAGGGAGAUGUGUGGCCCUGGAGACAAACCCUCGGUGACCUCUGCCAGCAGCUCGCCCACACAGAUGCUCACAGCACUCCCUCUUCGUAGCCUGGACUGUUCACAGGAUGGAAGUGUCUGAAGUCAUUAACAGGACUGAUUGGCCUCUCCGUACAAAAGCCGACAGACCAAAUAUCUCCAUGACCUGCAGUCUCUCAGGCUGCAGACUGUAAUGUGUUGUGCAAAAACAUGUGUGAUGGUAACUUCUUCAGUGUCGCCCCUCAGCCCCAUAAUAUUUAUUCAUUUUCCAGAAACAGUAGCAGGAGAGAUGAUGACACCUUAAUCCAAGUGCCUGUUUGUGUAUUUUUUGUUGUACAAUGCAUUGGAUGAAGGCAGAUUAUCGUGUGCUCUAUGUGGCGUGGAUCAAUUUGUCACCGUACAGAGAGAAGAUGAGUGCGUCCGGUCGAGCUGCUUCUCUGAGUCAUCGUGCUGCUCCUGUGUGAGCGCAGUAAAAAGUGUUUUUUAAAGUUUACUUUACUAGCAAAGUGAGUGCGUAACGUCGAGUGUGUUAAGAUGGAUGUUCACGAACAAAUCAGUGUUGUCGUGCCAUGAUUGUAACAGCUACGGAUGCUAAUACAUGUUUGGGACAUAUACUUUUUAUAAGUAAAGUUUGAUUGAUUGUAACUUACUGUAGAUGGUGUGUUACUGUUGUUAUGUUAAAAGUUAUUGAACAGAAACAGAUUUUUGUAUGCAUUAUCCAUAAAAACAAAAGCACAC